AGGAAAUCAGCAAGAAGCAUACAUUCAUUCAUCCUUCAAAGGAAGAAGCGUCAUCUGCGUGUUAUGGCGUCGCCAACUCGCGGCAUGCACGGGCUGGCCCGCCUUCCGUCAGAUCUCUGGUUGCUCAACCUCUCCGGCGCUCUCACCGACGAGGAGACCAUGCGACUGUCUGUCCUGGACGAGAACUGCUUCCAGACCAUCUGCCUGUCCACCCUCGUCAUCGGCCCGGCCGUCCCUCGGCUUCGUCGCGUCCUUCUGUGCUCCCGUGGCCCGCAGAAGAUCAUUCUCGUGGUCGCCAAGGGCGAGAACAGCCUUGCGACGGAUGUGCUGCAGUUCUUCGUCGACGCAAUGAUGCAGCACAGUGACAAGAUCAAGACCAUCAAGUCGGUCCGGUCAUUCGACAAGGGUGGGGAGUACUGGGACGCUGGGAGGACGGGCCUGCGGGGCGCGCCGCGGACGUUUCCGGCACUCACCGACACCGAGGUGGGGUUCGUGCCUGUUGUCAAGGCAUUCCGCCAAUUCGACUGGAAGACACCCAGCCUUACGACACUCAAGGCCAGGGCGCGCAGUGAGUGUCAGCCACUGCUGGAUCUGACGGAUUUUCACCGGCUUGGCGGCUUCCAACAGUCGCUGAGCCACCUGCUGGCCCACUCGCCCCUCAUCCGCCACGUUGACGUAUUCCCUCUGUCCACACUCGUCUGCGGCACGGCACUCGACACACACGCAGCCAGUCUGGAGGCGGUGGGCGACAUGGUCUUCAUCACACACGAUCAGGAGAUGGAGGGGCUCGUGACAGACCUGCCGCGCGUCCAGCCGCUGGCCACAAGGAAGCGCAUCGGCAUCUUCGACCGGAACCUGGCCUUCGACUCGACCCUGCCGGCCUCGUUCGAUUCAUCCGGACGGACAUCCCUGCGCCUACUGGUCGAACUGGGAAAGCGCGGUACGCACAGACAUAUCGUCGUACAAAAGAGAGAGGGGUGGACCAUGAUAUGGCUGUGUUUUGUUGCUGCCUUGAUGUCAGGUUACUGCGCGCUGCUGAAGCGGCGGGAUGUCCAGCUCAAGGGAGCUCCUGAGCGUGCUGACAAGUGCCCCCCAGAGGUGGAGGGCUCCAUCCGCGACAUCGUCAAGCGAGGCAUCUGCCAGGCCGAUACCGUCGUGAUGAGCUAUGAUGAACGGUCGCAGCCCUGGGAUAAUUCCUGGGACCUCACUGAUUCGAGUGGCCGACCGGUGGUGUUCGACAAGACCAAGUUCCUCAUCAUCAAGUGUGUCGACUCCAAUCGCGGCUAUGUCGGCCAUGAUGCGGUGAGUGAGGAACGAACAUGGAACAUCCAUGUAAAUCCCUCUCUCUCCCUCUCAACCCAUGGAUGUAUCAUGCAUCUCUUUCUCUUCCUUGCUGUUCGAUCUGUCUUGCAGAUUGCGGGCUGGACGGCGGGCGGCUGGACGAGUGUCCAAGUGCUGACGCUGGACAGGGUCGAGUACAUGAGCGUCAAAGACCAUGUCUGCUGGCACAGGCAUCGAUUCACAGAGGAGGGCAUCUACGACAAAGAUCCACCAGAGGACGGUCCUGCUGCUGCCGCUGCUGGUCAGGAGGAGGAGUUUCUUAAUUCGGAUGAUGCGGAUGAGUGGGAUGAAACGGACGAGGUGGAUGAUGAGGAUGAUGAGGAUGAGGAUAAGGAUGAAGAUGACCCGCCCCACAACGGCGCUGACACCCACGAGGACGAGGAGGAGGACGAGGACGAGGUGGGCGAGCAGAGGAGCGACGAGAGCGGCGAGGGAGAGGACGAAGACAUGGAUGGCGACGAGAUGGAUGGUGAAGAUGGGGGCGAGGGGGAGGGGAGUGAGGAUCAAGGUGAGGAGCAUGGCGUGCUGUCGGCUCCCCUGCAGCUGCUGCUCAGGACCAUGCCGCCCACACUACACGCCGUCCGACUCAUCAAUGUCCCGUGGUAGGCGGCUGUGGUGGGCGCGUCGAGACACCUUGACACCUACGGGUACGUGUGUGUGUGUGUGUGUGUGUGAUGCAGGUGGGCUGUAUUCGAUGCAUUGGUAUGUUUGUCUGAGGGCACUGCGGCUCAGCCAGGGGAGGGAGGCAACAAGCUUGUGUGUCUGGAGAAGUUAGAGAUCGAGACAGAGGUGCAGGAGAGCCCCCUGGUGGUGCCUGAGAAGGGUGGCGCCUUGUGGAGUACCAUGCAGGAGCGCCUCUCGGUCGGCCAGCUCACCAUGCACGUCAAGACAGAGGUGCGCUGCACUGCAUCAGUCAAUGCCACUUUCCUCUGCCAUUCUUCUGUCUGUCCGCGACUUCAGUUCGACUAUCCUUUGAACGAAGAAGUGCCUCCCUACUCGGCUGACCUCUUUUCUGUGUACUACGAGCUGAUCCUUCUCCUGCAGCCCGACACUGUGGUACUCACCGUCAACACGUCGCGACGUGAGCAACGACCGAAUAAUGCACCCAUGUAUUCGCACACGGCCCCUGUGCUGCUGACUUCCGCAGAUGCCAAGCAGGUGGUCUUCUGGAGCGAUGACGGAGACGACAUGAAGCCCGACGAGGCCAAGUAUCCCUUCCUCAAGGGGCUCACCGGCGAUAUCCGCGCAAGGUACCGCAUGUGCCACUGCGGUGCAAGGGGAGACCACCCAGGCCACAUGAACUGGACGGACAAUCGGAUGGAUGUGGUGCUCAAGAGGCGCAGGCUGGGUGACCUCAGUGGCCUGGCGGCCGACAAGUGUGCCAUGCAGUAGCUCAAGUACAUCGGCCGGCCACAUUUAGAUCGCUGCAUUUACUGUAAUCCGUAUGUGUGUAGAUUGGAUGGCUUCAUCUGUCGUG